GUUGCAACAAUUUGAAAAUAAAGCAACAACAAAUAAUAUUAAAAAACAAAAACAAAAAAAGCAAACUUUCGAAACCCGAGCCAAGCGCACAUAGAAAAGUAGCUCAGAGCGCGAAAUAAUCAAGCGACAGCCGUAUUAUUGUUGCCGCUUGCCGCUUGUAACUGUGAGAUACAUUUUUGCAAAUUGUGAAAUUCGCAAUUCGCACACAAAUAUCUAAGUGUGCCUCCAGCUGCCAGAAGCCGUGCACUAGUGAAAAUCGUAUUGGGAGAGAGCGCAGAGACAAACAACAAAAAAACAGCUUAAGCGAAAGCGAAACGCCAACAAGUGCAAUUUCUAUUUUCGCGAAAACCAACAACAAAAACCAAAUAUAUAUAUAUGCAUAUAUAUAUAUAUAUAUAUUAAAAAUUCGAACGACAACUGAAACUGCAUUGGCAAUUCCGCGCAGGAAGUUCCAUAAACAAAACGCAAAUAAAAGAAAUUCAUAAACAAAUUGCAAACAAGCCACAUACCAAGCACGUAUAUAUUCGCAUAUAUAUAUUGAGAGAGAAGAGAUAUAUAUAUUAAAACGGAUAUUGUCGUCACUUUGAAAAGCGCCAACUUUUGGAUUAACUUUCGACUUGAGCUGAUUGUUUGAGGCAAGUGCACAAUGCAAGUGGAGGCCAGUUACCCGAAAUACGCCGGACGCGUGCCGCCUCUGGACUUGUCGCAGGUCAAUGCCGGCCAGGAGCAGCUGCAGCAGCUGUGGGCGAGCAAUGCGGCUGCUGCCAUGAAGCGUCAUCAUCCAUACCAAAUGCUGGACAAGUGUCGCGGCGGCGUCACAGUGCUCAGCGAAGACAUCAACAACAACAACAGCAUUGCCACGGGCAACAGUCAGCACAACAACAUGAACAACAACACCAGCCUGCACCAUCCCAUAGGCUCCGAUGGGCUGCCGAUUGAUCCGCGAGACUGGACACGCGCCGAUGUCUGGAAAUGGCUGAUCAGCAUGGCCGUCUCCGAGGGCCUCGAGGUGACGCCCGAGCUGCCACAGAAGUUCCCCAUGAACGGCAAAGCCCUCUGCCUGAUGAGCCUGGACAUGUAUCUGUGUCGUGUGCCCGUCGGCGGCAAGAUGCUCUAUCGUGAUUUCCGUGUGCGCCUCGCCCGCGCCAUGGCGCUGCUCUCCUAGGGUGUGCUCGCCGAGAACACCCAUGCGUAAUAGCCUAACCAGGUUGUACAUAUACAUAGUAUAUACAUAUAGCACCUAUGCUUUAUAUAGCUCACUUAGACCUAACUAGUCGCUAGUGCUCCUAGUCGUAAGUCUUAGACCUAAAUGCAUUUGUUUAUUCGCUUAAGUGGUCGAAGCAUGCCCCGCCUGCGCCUGCUCAAUUGCGGCCCACCGCGGGGCACACUUCAAAUGCUGUCCUAUUAGUCGUAUAAG